GAAGAGACACAUCCGGAAGGUGUUACUACUGGUGGCAUUGGGAAAAAUUACAAUUGCUUAAUAUCAACUGGAAAUUAGAAAUUCAAAAACGUGGCAUAAACAAAUGAACCGGGAAGAGAGUUCUGUUUGUUUAUGCAAAAAUUGUCGAAAAUACUGACGAAAACAUGACCCAUCCGCGCCGGCUUCGAGUGAACAAAAAAAUCGACAGCACCAACUUUAAAGAGGUCACGGCUAGGGUGAAAAUUUUAAUAAUCAAUCGAUUCGCCAUUGGAUGUUAUAAAUAAGUGUCAUUUGUAAGUCCGAACUUAUUUGCAGUGAAUUGUUUGAGGUGUGGUGCGUGAAGUUAUUCCAUUUAUGGUCUGGAUAGACGUUAUCGGGGUUUCGGUUGGAUUUUUCUUGGACUAACACCCUCAGCUUUGUGAUAUAUUGGCGUAGCUCGUGCUAAUAAGAUUCAAGUCAUGGAAGUGGAUACAAAAUCUUCCGAUGCUAGAUCGGAAGAGAGGAGAAUUAAUCUCGAGAUGGGCAGAGUUCUAUGUGCCUCACCACCUGAAGAGCAAAUCGUUAUAUCAGGGUUGUCUGGAGCUUUUCCAAUGUCGAAGAAUGUAUACGAGUUUCGAGAUAACCUCUUCCAAAAGGUGAACAUGGUGUUACCAAACAGAAGGUGGACUUUCAAUCACCCUGAAAUACCUGACUGCUCUGGAACCCUGCCAGAGAUCAACAGAUAUGAUGCUGGGUUCUUUGGGACACAUGAAAGACAGGGCCAUUCUUUUGAUACUAUGGGAAGAAUGAUCCAGGAGAAAGCUAUAGAAGCUAUCAUGGACGCUGGUAUAAAUCCCACAGACAUGGAAGGAUCAAAAACGGGAGUAUACGUUGGAGUCUGUUUCAGUGAAAGUGAGAAAUGUUGGUUUUGGGAGAAUAAGGCGUCUGAUAAUUUUGCGUGGACUGGAGCUUCAAGAUCCAUGAUAGCGCAUCGCCUGUCUCAAUACUUAAAACUGAGAGGUCCAUCCAUCACCGUGGACACAGCUUGCAGUAGUUCUCUUUUCGCGCUUGAAAAUGCAUUCAAAGCAAUCAGAAGCGGGGAGAUCGAUACGGCACUCGUUGGAGGUGUUAACAUUUGUUGUCAUCCCUUUGUAUCGCUUCAGUUUUCUAGGUUAGGUGUGCUGAGCAAAGACGGUAGCUGCAAAGCUUUCGAUAAAGCUGGAAAUGGCUAUGCACGUUCAGAAUGCGUAGGUGUGGUAGUACUUCAAAAAGCAAAAGAUGCUAACCGAGUAUAUGGUGAUGUAAUUUACGCCAAGACCAGUUGCGAUGGUUACAAAGAGCAAGGGAUCACUUAUCCUUCAGGAAAAGCGCAAAUGCAUCUGCUGAGCGAGUUUUACGAGGACUGUGAUGUCAAACAAGCUGAUCUCAGUUUUUUAGAGGCUCACGGAACAGGCACUUUCGUGGGCGAUCCCGAGGAGUGUGGUGCAAUGGACGCGGUACUAGCGAAAAACCGAUCUAUACCCCUGCUAAUUGGCUCUGUCAAAUCAAAUAUUGGACAUUCUGAACCUGGAUCUGGAUUAUGCUCAAUAACAAAGUGUAUAAUCGGGAUGGAGACAGGUCUCAUUCCACCAAACUUGCAUUACUCUGAACCAAGACCAGAAAUUAAAGCUUUGUGUGAAGGAAGAAUGUCUGUUGUCACCGAAAAAAUGCCUUUUGAUGAAGAAAAGGGACUUUUUGGUAUAAAUAGCUUUGGAUUUGGAGGAGGCAAUUGUCACAUUUUGUUACGAACUAAUAAGAAGAAGAAGAUCAACAAAGGCCUGCCUUCGGAUAAUCUACCGAGAUUGGUGUUUGUCAGUGGUAGAACAGCAGAAGCCGUGCAAACGUUACUAAAUGAACUCAAAGAUAAUCAGUUGGAUGCCGAGCAUGUUGCUCUAUUACAUAACAUAUUCAGGAAAAAUAUAAGAAACCAUAUCUACAGAGGGUACAAUGUUGUUUCCAAGUCAGGAGAAACAUGUCGAUAUUAUGAUCGCUUCCAUGGAAAGGGAACUCCGUUGUUUGUAACUUUCGGUGAACUCACUGAUUGGAUAACUAUAGGAAGAAAGCUUUUGGAGAUUCCAGUAUUCGCAGAUUCUUUCCAGAGGACUCAGAAAUAUCUCCUGGAGAAUCGUAUUAACAUUAUCGAUAUUAUGAAGAAGCCAGCCAAUAGGGACUCGUACAGCGUUCUGGGGAAUAUAGCUGUACAACUGGGAAUUGUGGAUGUUCUAAGGCAACUCGAAGUCAAACCCGAAAAGUACUUUGGCUACUCCUACGGUGAAUUGUUAGCAGCCCAUCUAGAUGGCAAACUGAGCCUGAAAGACAUGCUCAAUUGUGCAGUUUCUAUAAACGAGGCCUUCAGCAAAGUUUGUGUUUUCACAAACGGAACGAGCAACGGACAUAGUAAUGGAGUCAAUGGAUCCACCAAAGGCCUGAGCAAUGGAUAUAACGGUCACAGUGACAACAACAAUGGUGAUGGAUACAUUGUGGAGCAGUUGAGGAAAAGUUUUAAGUCCAAUCAACAAACCCCUAUUAAGGAAAAACUUCUGAAGGAGCUACGCUCAAUCCUGCCGGCUACAAAGGGCCAAGUCUUCACACCCGAGUACUUCCUGAGUGCACUAACUAACAAUGUCCAUUCAACCACUUCAGCAAUUCAAGAGAACUCACUACUUUUGAAUCUAGGUUGGGUCUCUCCAACCAAAUAUGAUGAAGUUACAGUUAUCAACUAUGGUACAGACGAUAAACAGGACCCUACACAAGAGCUACUCAAGACUAUCGGAAGCUUGUACGUUCAUGGUCACCAACCCCAGGUGCAACACCUGUAUCCAUCAGUGCAGUUUCCUGUGAGCAGAGGAACCAGGAUGAUAUCACCUUAUGUGCGUUGGAAUCACAAGAGAGAAUGGUUCGUACCAGAGUACAACUUGGAGGCUCAAACUCAAGCUCAAGAUGGACAGAGGAGCGUGAUGAUUCAACUUUCCGAUCAGCAGUGGUCUUUCAUAGAUGGACAUGUCAUCGAUGGUCGAAACCUAUUCCCUGCAACUGGCUACCUCUUCCUCGCCUGGGAGACCCUCUCCAUCAUCAAGGAACUGCCAAUGAGCGUUAUGACUGUGGUCUUCGAGGACUGCCGCUUCCACAGGGCCACCAGCAUGCCCCCGAAAGGUCACGUUGUCAUGUACGUGACCGUCCAAACAGGUACUGGCGAGUUCGAGGUCGUUGAAGGAGACGUGCCUGUGGUUACUGGCAGGAUUAAAUUGCUGGAUGAGUAUGUUAAGAAAAGGCAAGAUGUGGAAUUUUCCCUACCUCCUGGAGGUCUUAAGACCAAGGACAUUUAUAAGGAGCUGAGGCUUAGAGGAUAUAACUAUACCAAAGGAUUCCGUGCAAUGCAAGACUGUGACGUGGAUGCUACACGGGCGCACAUCAAAUGGGAUGACAACUGGGUCACCUUCCUGGACAACAUGUUGCAGAUGAAGAUUCUGCAGACAGACACCAGGUUGCUGUACGUUCCAACCUACAUCAGAGAGAUGGUCAUCCCUGGAAAGGUACAUCUAGAGUGGGUCAACAGGGAUUACAUCAAUGUGGAAAAGACACCCAACUUGCCGGUCUUCUGUGAUAAGGACACAGAUAUCAUCAGAUGUGGCGACGUAGCCAUCAAAGGUCUGUUGGCAAGCAGCAUUCCAAGACGCAAAGACCUCGGCGUUCCAGUGCUUGAGAAGUACGAAUUCGUCCCGAACAUUACAUCUACUUUGGACCUACAGCAGUCGGUCAGAGUCAACCUUCAGAUCAUCUUAGAAAACACCUUGAUGUUCAAGAUCAAAGCAGUUGAGGUCAUAGAUGUUCACACUGAGAAAGAUACGGGACUGGUGACUCCCAUAGCACAUACGGUGCUAGAGGAUCAGCCACUGAUUGCGCCUAUCAUGAAGAUUCUAAGCAAAACUCCGAUUGAAGAAGGGGCAAAUGGGCCGAUACCAGUAGAAGAUAAGAAUGUUACCACGGAAAAGGACUGUUUGCUCGUUGUAGCGUCGAAGUUAUUCACCAGAUCUCAACCUGAGGACAUGAACACCAUUCUAGUAUCAGUAGCCGAAAACGGUUACGUUAUGAGCAGAGAACCUGCUAACUUCGAUCUUUCAACCAUCUCAAAUCCAGGCAUAGUCAUCUGCACCUUCCAUAGAACACCGACAGAGAGUUUAGUGUUCUUCAAGAAGCAACCUAAAGAAAAACCGAUGAACAUUGUGCAAAUAACUGAUACAGAUACCUUCCCUUGGGUUGAAAAACUGCAGAAGCUGAUCAAAUUAAAGCCCUACGAGGAUAUCGUAUUGUAUGCUGAAAAGGAACCUUUGAGUGGAAUUAUGGGACUGGUGAACUGCCUACGGCGGGAGCCAGAGAGCCGUAACGUGAAGGGUCUAUUUCUAAUGGAUACUGACAAAACAUUUGACUCAAAUGAUCCAUUCUUCAUUAAUCAGUUGAGCAAGGACAUGGCUGUGAAUAUCUUAAAAGAAGGCAAGUGGGGAACUUACCGACACUUGCUUUUAGCUAACACCGAAGAAACUGAAAACGAGCACUUCUUCGUAAACGUCACUCUCAGAGGAGACUUGUCAAGCUUGAAGUGGCUGGAGGGACCUUUAGAUCAUACGAAGAAAGCACCAGCUGAGAAAGUUAUGGCUUAUGUUUGUUAUGCGACACUGAACUUUAGGGACGUUAUGACUGCUACAGGAAAAAUCAACGCUGAUGUGGUUACACAAGACAGGAUAGAACAGGAAUGUGUACAAGGAUUCGAAUUUUCUGGAAUUGAUGAAAGUGGAAACCGAGUGAUGGCAAUGUCUACGUCUGGAGCACUGACGACGAUGUUCUUCAAUGACGCCUACCUGAAUUUGAAAAUUCCAGACAAUAUGACACUAGAGGAAGCGGCAACGAUACCUGUCGUUUAUUCAACUAUAAUUUUUGCACUUAUACUGCGUGCAAAAAUGAAGCGUGGCGACACGUUACUAAUUCAUUCUGGAACUGGUGGAAUUGGACAAGCAGCUAUAAGGAUCGCACUGUACGAAGGUUGUACGGUCUAUACCACCGUGGGAACUCAAGAGAAACGGGAGUUCCUCAAAAAGGAGUUCCCGCAACUCAAUGAUAACAAUAUUGGAAACUCUCGAGACACUACCUUCGAACAAAUGAUCUACCGCGAGACUAAGGGCCGAGGUGUGGACAUUGUCCUAAAUAGUCUGGCAGAGGACAAACUUCUGGCUGGCGUGAGGUGUCUAGCACAUGGCGGCCGAUUCGUGGAAAUCGGAAAGUUUGAUCUUGCUAGCAAUCAUGCGCUCCAAUUAGAGUUUUUGAAGAAAGAGGCCAGCUUCAUAGGAGUUAUGUUGGACAAAAUCUUUUCAGCCAGUCCGGAAAACAAAAAGGAAAUAGUUGACUACUUGUACAAAGCCAUGGCGUCAAACGCAGUGAAGCCUCUGAACAGGACAGUAUUCAAAUAUAACGAAAUAGAACAGGCGUUCAGGUAUAUGGCGACAGGCAAGCACAUGGGCAAGGUAAUGAUACAAGUUCGAGAUCCUAAAGAAAUCACAGCAUUGCCGCCAGUGAAAACUUUCAAAGGUUUCCCAAGAUACUUCUGUUACCCUGAGAAGACAUACAUAAUUAUUGGUGGCCUUGGCGGUUUUGGACUUGAACUGGCAGAUUGGCUGAUAUUGAGAGGAGCAAGAAGAGUAGUACUAACAUCCAGGAAAGGUGUACAAACGGGGUACCAGAGGUUAAGGAUAAAGACAUGGCGAUCGUAUGGCGCUCUAGUCCACAUAUCAAAAGCCGACAUAACGACAAGGGAAGGUUGCGAGAAGCUGAUAAAAGAAUCGAGUCAAUUUGGAUCAGUACAUGCCGUCUUUAACCUGGCUGUAGUACUGGCUGAUGCACUAUUCGAGAACCAGUCGCCAGAUACAUUCCUGACGUCGUUUAAACCUAAAGCUAAAGCCACAGAGUACCUGGAUGAAGUUACACGAGAGAUGUGCCCUGACCUACGAGACUUCGUGAUAUUCUCAUCGGUAACUUGCGGUCGAGGUAAUGCUGGUCAGACUAAUUACGGAAUGGCGAACUCUGUGAUGGAAAGGAUAUGUGAAAGGCGAAGAAAAGACGGGUAUCCAGCUCUGGCUAUUGAGUGGGGAGCGAUUGGACAAGUAGGAUUAGUUGCUGAGAUGCAAGAGGAGCAUUUCGAAAUAGAAAUUAGCGGUACCUUGCAACAGAAGAUUUCUAGUUGCCUCAACGCUUUGAAUCUUUUCCUGAGGCAGAAAGAGGCCGCGAUUGUAUCAAGUAUUGUAGUAGCGGAGAAGCGAGGAGGUAUUGGUGCAAUAGAUAACGCUGUUGACGCCGUACUUUAUAUUUUAGGUAAGCUAAAUUUGGAUUAAAAAAAAUCUGGCAAUUAUGUCAGUAGCA